ACAGAUAUAAAGGCUUCCCGGGCUCUCUCUCCUGCCUGCGGGCUCAGAGCGGCCGCAGAGGCAAGCGUGGAUUCCUGCAGCCUUCGGCGCAUCUCCCACGAUGAAGCGGGAACUGUGUUCGAGGUGCCUUGACCGCGCCCUUCUGGCCGAAUUAAUUGGCACAACGGUCUUUGUGUUCGUAGGCCUGGGCUCUGCCCUGCCCUGGCACCUGGCCUCCCCUUCGGUCCUGCAGGUCUCUCUCGCCUUCGGCCUGGCUAUCGGCACCAUGGCCCAAUGCUUGGGCCAUGUCAGUGGCGCCCAUCUCAACCCCGCAGUGACCGCCGCGUUCCUGCUGGGCUCUCGCAUCUCCCUUUGCAGAGCUGCUUCCUACGUCCUCGCUCAGCUCCUCGGAGCCGUGGUGGGAGCUUCUCUUCUGUAUGAGUUGACCCCCCGUGAGGUCCGCGGAAGCCUGGGGGUCAAUGGGCUCCAGAACACCACGUCGGCAGGACAGGCUGUGACCAUUGAGAUGUUCCUCACUCUCCAGCUGGUGCUCUGUGUCUUUGCGUCCACCGACAGCCGCAGGACGGACAACGUUGGCUUCCCGGCAUUGUCCAUUGGAUUGUCAGUCACUGCCGGACACCUGAUAGGGAUCUACUACACUGGCUGCUCUAUGAACCCAGCUAGAUCCUUUGGCCCAGCUCUGGUCAUGGGGAACUUUGCUAACCACUGGAUUUUCUGGAUCGGGCCGCUAGCUGGUGCCAUCGUAGCCAUGGUGCUAUACGACUAUCUUUUGUGCCCACAACCCAGGAGCACGGCAGACCGAAUUGCCAUCCUCAGAGGAGACCGUGGUCCUGAGAAAGAAGCAGAGCAUGAACGCCAGAAGAAGCUGUCCUUGAAGACCUACUCUGUCCACACCCUUCCCAAGCUCAUCGACAGCGAUGAUAAGGCUUGUGGGUUGGUCUCUUAACGGGGACAGGCUCAGCCUUCUUGUUUACACAUUGGGAUGGACACUGCAGCUAACCUUAUGCUCAGGAUCCAGCUCUGUGGACUAGGAGUGCCUCGCCUUUGUCUCACCUCCAAACAGAGGAUUGGGUGGGAGAAAGCACCUUCCUUGCCCGUGUGACUUUUCAAAAUGCUGCUUACUGGCAGACUC